AUGCCCCCAGGUGGACUCCCAGCCAGCCUGGUCGCAGGCAACCCCAGUGGCCGUCCCACCGUCGACACCUCGGGCUACGGGGCUAGCUAUACGAAAAACACACCCACCUCCCCCGAAGACAGUUUAAUUCCAUUCGAUUCGCCAUCAACACGAACGGCAGGCUUGAGUCCGAUCACGCCAGUGAACCAGGAGGAUGGACGCUUAAGUCGUGGACUUGGACCUGACCAGGCCGGUCACCGCGACCGCUCAGCAACCCGCGACCGCUCGGCACCCCGAGAUCGCUCGCGAGUGAAUGGCCGCCAAACAAAGUCCCCCGGUGGCUCAUCGCGUCUUUGCCAAAAGUGCAGUGAGCCUCUCACAGGCCAGUUUGUUCGAGCGCUAGGUGGUACUUUUCAUCUGGAGUGUUUCAAGUGCGAAGAUUGUGGUGAGAUAGUUGCCUCAAAGUUCUUCCCUGUCGAUUCAGAAGAUGGCAGCUGCCAAUUUCCGCUUUGUGAAACCGAUUACUUUAGACGGCUGAGCCUUCUAUGCCAUGAGUGCGGAGGCGCACUACGUGGAUCAUACAUCACCGCAUUAGACCGGAAGUAUCAUAUCGAGCACUUUACUUGUUCCGUUUGUCCGACCGUCUUCGGUGCUCAGGACUCGUAUUAUGAACACGAAAGCAAGGUCUACUGUCACUUCCACUACUCAACCCAAUUUGCUCAACGGUGCCAUGGAUGUCAUACUGCAAUUUUGAAACAGUUCGUCGAGAUUUACCGCAAUGGGCAAAAUCAACACUGGCAUCCCGAAUGUUAUAUGAUUCACAAGUUUUGGAACGUUCGCUUAUCCCCUGCUGGUCAGACAUGGGAGCCUCCGCCAGUGGAUGAGGAUGCUAGCGAAGAAGAGCGACAGCAAAUUCGCGAUGAAGAAGAUAUUAUGGAAGAGAAGGUUUUCAAUAUUUGGAAUACCCUCUCUACCUUCGAAGAAUCGUCCGCUGCUUGCAUCUCGGAUAUGCUGCUCCAUGUGAGCAAUGGUGCUUAUAUUGACGGUGUUCUGGUUGCCAAGCGCUUCAUUGGCCAUGUGGAAAUUCUCUUUGGUGCAGUCGAUCAGUUGGCCAGUUAUAUCAAGUCCCACGAUCUGAAAGGUGAGUCGUGCGCAGCUGUUAUCGUUUUAUUGGAGUCAACGGCUGAUAUUUUCCACCCAGAACUGUCCUAUGGCCGCGAAGCCAAACUUCUUUGCAAAAAGAUUGUCGCAUUCUUCGCUCUUCUGUCGAAAACACAGGAAACUGGAGUACGCAAACUUGGUGUCACGCAGGAGCUUUUGUCUCUGGUAACUGGUCUCGCUCAUUACCUCAAACUCCUUAUCCGCAUCGGCCUACAAGGUGCGCUCAAACUCGAACGCGAGAAGUCAGCGCCAGAUGGUUUGCAAAAUUUCCUGGAGCACCUCCGUGAUCUAGAGUCAUUAGCGGAGCCAGAAGACGACGAUGCCCCACUCGACCUGAUGGCUGGAGUGGAAGGCUUGGCCGAUCAGCUUUCGGAUUGCUGUACCUCCUGUAAAGAACCAAUUGACGAUGAAUGUGUUCAGUGGGGACAGAACCGUUGGCACACCAAGCCGCCUCAUCUUUCAUGCAGAUCAUGUGAGAAGGACUUGACUGUUGAUUUUCAAGACGCUUUAUGGAGCGGGAAUGAGGAGAAAGUGUACUGCGGCGCUUGCGCCCACCAAAAGAACCUUGGCCCCACUGUUCAGGGGCAAUUUGUUUUCUUGCUGAAAGUGGCACUUGCACGACUUCUCGCCGUACUUCGGUCCGGGGGAACCUUGCCUCAUACGUCAGACGACCCAAAUCUUAAAGAUUAUGAAAAUAAGGAUGGCCAUCGUGUCACAUCCCGGGUUUGCCGAGCAAACACACGCUCCAAGUCUCAUGGCCCUGCCGCUCGAGAUGGUUUCGAGGAAACAUCCCUCGAACAGACAGUCGGCGAGAUGCGUCGACUUCGCUCCAUUCGCAAUGAACGAACACUAUCAACAACUUAUAAGCGGGCCCGCGCAUCCAGAAUCAUCGAUGGACCAGAAGGCAGAAGUGCCCGGCCAGGAUCAGCUGGCAAUGACGGCAGUGGUCCGAGAGGCCCUGGUUUCCAGAUUGUUGAGGAACGGGAAACCAAUCGCGAUACUGUCGGCGAUAUGACUUUCGGUGCACAGGAUGCUCUCACGUUGGAUGAUAUCCCGCGCAUUGUUGCGGCCGAGCAAGCCAAGGAGCAGCGGCCUAAUGCCUAUAGACAUGCCGGGACGAAACUUGUUGGAGGAACAGAGCAGAUGCCCAGGUACAACCGUGGCCACCAGCGGGGAGUAUCGAGUGGAAAUUUGGAGGCGCUUAUGGAGCCGACCCGAACCAAGCGGUACUUCUCAGAACUGACUGCUCUGGAGUAUUUCAUCGUUCGUCACGUUGCUGUGUUACAGAUGGAGCCCUUGGUAGAAGGCUAUUUCAACAUGGAGGAACUUCUUUCUCUUAUUGAAUCCCGCAAACCUACCAUAUGGAACAUCUUCGGCCGCGCGUUCAAGGAUAACAAGAAGGGCAAUAAAAAGAAGGGUGUCUUUGGAGUGGGCCUAGACUACUUGGUCGAAAAGGAGGGCACUGAGUCAACUCACGGUGUUGGGCCUGGUGCGCUUCGCAUCCCGACAUUGGUCGAUGAUUCUGUCUCCGCCAUGCGGCAGAUGGACAUGUCUGUGGAGGGUGUUUUCCGAAAGAACGGCAAUAUUCGGCGAUUAAAGGAUACCUCAGAGCUAAUCGACAACAGGUAUGAGCAAGUUGAUCUGACUAAGGAGACUCCCGUGCAGAUUGCAGCUCUCUUGAAGAAGUUCCUUCGCGAGAUGCCCGAUCCCCUCUUGACAUUUAAGCUCCACGGACUGCCUGCCCGUGCACUGCUAACCUGUGCCGCAGAAAUGGAUGACCCUGAGAAACAAAGACGACUGUUGCACUUGACAUGCUGUCUACUUCCGAAGGCCCAUCGUGAUACGAUGGAAGUCCUAUUUGCUUUCUUGAAUUGGACAUCCUCCUUCUCGCAUGUGGAUGAGGAAUCUGGAAGCAAGAUGGAUAUUCAUAAUCUUGCAACGGUCAUCACACCUAAUAUCCUCUAUCCCAAUGCUAAGAACAGCACUGUAGAAGAGAGCUUCUUGUCUAUCGAGGCUAUCCCGGAGGAUCUGCAAUCAAUCUUGGGCGAUCCAACUCUCUUCAAAGAGAAUGCCGAAGUCACAACCAAAGAAAUCCUUAAACGAUACGGUGAUAUUGCUCGAGGCAGCUUCUCGCAGAGACCGGCGAACGGUGGCGAGACAUUCACGAUCACCACCCCCAACCGCAACAACAGUGCCCCGGCUUCUGCACGUAUCGAGACCGAUCCAUCUCAAGAUGCAGCUUGGCAAAUGCAAAGUUCGGUGCGACAUGUACCUGGGCCUAGUGGACAGCCUAGCGGACAGCCUAGCGGACACUGUCACUCGGUGAGCGCCAACGCCCAAGUCGGACUUGACAUUGCUCCUCCCCCAGCGGCGUAUCACCGUGACCGCAGCACUAGCAACGGCAGCCAGCCAAACCCAGGGCUACCUGAGGGCCAGUCCACAAACGUCGCUUACCGACCGCGUCCGAGUCCAGGUGCCAUGGGUGUUACUGGAUAA